GAGGGGGCUCCCCCGCUUUCUUCCCACCCCCACCUCCCAGGGCACGUGACAGGAGCCCCGCUCCUCUCCUGAGCCCUGCUCUGCCUGCUGGGUGGUGCCAGCAAAGGAUCGGAAGGAAGACGGGGCGGGGCGGGGCUGGUGGCGAUCAAAGGACGGCGCGCUCGGACGGGGAUCUCCGCAGACUGGGCCGCCUUAGCUGCAGGCAGCCUCGCAGCCUCCCCGCUCCCCACGCCUGGCGGCGGCGACAGCACCUCCAUCAUCCUUUCCAGUGGCGCAUCUCCCGGCGCAGCCUCCGAUGAGUCAGCCCUCCCUCCCCGCCCCCCAGUCAAGGGUCCAGCUCCUCGCCCCCGCGUGGCCACCAUCCAUGCCUUCUCGGCCUUGGCCCUGCCCCAGAGAGGGGGCUUCCCAGCGAAAGCAAAUGCGAGCGACGAGGAGGAAGUUCGCAGGCAGCCAGCCGCUUCCCCCCGCCUUCAAAAGCCAUCUUUCGCCCCGCCCCCUUUCUGUCCAUUUUUUGGAAGGAGGUGGGUCCGGAGGCCCUGAAGGGCGGCCACCCCGCCAAUAGGAGGCCAGGGGUCUUCCCCUCCUCCCUACGGCCGGGCGCCCGGAGGCGGGAUCUCGGGGAAAGUAGGACAGGAGAGAUGGCGAGAGGCCUCGCAGCAGCCGCCAGGUGAAGCAAUGGGUAGCCCCGAAGACGAUUUGAUCGGGAUCCCUUUCCCGGAGCACAGCAGUGAGCUUUUGGGGCGCUUGAAUGAGCAGCGCCGGCGGGGGGUGCUCUGUGACGUCACCCUCCGGGCCCAAGGCUCGGAGUACCGCACCCACCGAGCCGUGCUGGCUGCCUCCAGCCGCUACUUCCAGCGGCUCUUUGCGGGGCCAGGCAUGGGCGUGUGCGAGUUGGACUUUGUGGGUGCCGAGGCCCUGGGGGCCCUGCUGGACUUUGCCUACACCGCCACCUUGACCAUCAGCACGGGCAGCCUCGGGGAGGUGCUGCGUGCCGCCCGCCUGCUGGAGAUUCCCUGCGUCAUUGCCGCCUGCGUGGAGAUCCUGCAGGGCAAUGGCCUGGAGGCCCCCGUCCCCGACGAUGCCGCCCGCGAGUGUGCCCGCCGCUACCUGGAGGCCUUCGCCACGCUGCCCAACGCCGAGGGCGACCUGCCUGAGCCCCCUCCAGCUCCCCGCCGCAGCAAGAAGCCCCGCAAGUUCCUACAGACGAAGGGCUCCCGGCUCAACAACCACAUCGCUGAGCUGUCCCCUUCGCCGUCCCCCUCCUCGACGGGGACCCAGGAGCGGCCCAGCCCUCCCAGCCAGGCCUCUCCUGCGCCUGCCCUGGUCCACCCGCGGGAGUACGAGGAAGAGGUGCUCCCGCCCUCUCGCACUUUCCCCUACCCGUACACCCCGGGCCUCUCCCCGGAGGAUCUGGGCUCCGAGGAUGAGCCGGCUGACCACGACCUUAUGUCCUACAUGCGUGUGCUGAACCCGGAGGGGCUCUCCCCCUGCCUCGACCCGAAGGACAAGCUGGUGCGCAAACGCCGCUCCCAGAUGCCUCAGGAGUGCCCCGUCUGCCACAAGGUCAUCCACGGCGCCGGCAAGCUCCCUCGCCACAUGCGCACCCACACCGGGGAGAAGCCGUUUGCCUGUGAGGUCUGCGGGGUCCGCUUCACUCGGAAUGACAAGUUGAAGAUCCACAUGCGGAAACACACGGGGGAGCGCCCCUACUCCUGCCCGCACUGCCCGGCACGCUUCCUGCACAGUUACGACCUGAAGAACCACCUCCACCUGCACACAGGCGCCCGGCCCUACGAGUGCUGUCUCUGCCACAAGGCCUUCGCCAAGGACGACCACCUGCAGCGCCACCUCAAGGGCCAGAACUGCCUGGAGGUGCGGACGAGGCGCCGGCGCCGCGGCCCCGAACACGACCCGGACCCCUUGCCCCCCGCGGGGACGUCCCCGCCCUCCGCCGACCUCGACUUGACCAACGGGCAGAUCGAGGGGCUGCGCCUCUCGCUCGCCCACUACUGGAACCAAGCCCGUCCGGCCCCGUCCCCGGUCCCCAAAGAUGAGGAGGACGAGGAGGAGGAGGAGGAGGAGGAAGACGGCGCCGAGGAGGGGUCGCAGACAGACGGGCCGGUGGCCAUGGAAACAGCGUAGGGCCCGGGCCUAGGCCCCAGCCCUGCCUUGCUUGGACUGUUGCCAUGGCGACUCUGCAAAGGCCGUGUCGUGAACUCGGCCGAGAUGCACUUUUUCUCUCCCCCCCCCCCCCACCGUCACUUCCACGCUGCUGGUGCCGCCGCCAUGGGGACCAUAUAAAGCGGGGCCAGGCUGUUGCCACAGAGGUGGGAUGCACUAUGGUCCGCCCUCUGCCCCAGUGCGCUGCCUCAGUGCCUUCAGCGGCCUCUGUUCAGGGGGCAGUUCUGAACCAAAGCAGGUGGGGUGGGCAGGAGGAGCAGGACGGGAGGCGUGCAUGCAACUCAGGACUGCAAAAUAAGCAAUUAAGUAGGGGUAGUGCCCUGUGGGGUGAGGUGCGGGGGCCUGACAUAAUAAAUAAAUAAAUAUAUAUAUAUGUUUGUAAUUUGCAAAGGAGAGGAUCUUGGCUGGUGGCUGACAAGGCCUUCGGCCCUGCACUUUGGGAUAGUAUCCCCAUGUCGGGAAGCACGACAGUGGUGAAUGUUGAGGGGCGGGCAGCCAGAUCCCUUUCCCAGAUCAGAAUAGGGGUGUGUGCGUGGGUGUGCCAGGACUCCUGGUUUUCUGUUCUUGCUUCCAGGUCCUUGGGGAUCGCAGACAUUUAUUUCUGAAGCAAAAAAACCCCCCAACCUGUAUGUACUUCCUGCCUCUGGGAUUGGCAGCUGUUUGGGGAUCUGUGCCGGCAAAGGGGUGGGGUGGGGUGGGGUGGGGUCGGUUCCACUCAGGGAGAGGCCCCGUUGUGGCUCGGAGACAGGCCAUGUCUGGAACGGAGCCUCCAUGGUGGUGGCUCCUGUUUUGGUAUUUUUUGCACAGAGCAGAGCCAGGCUAGGCCCCUGCUGCCCUCUAGUGGCGUGCUUGCACAGUGCAAUGGGCUGGUCCCAGCACUCCUUGGCUCUUUUCCCCCUUUUGUAACAAUGGCAGGGAGCGCCCUGCCCCACAUUCUCUCCCCCCCCCUUACACAUGCACCCAGUCCCCUAUGAGAAGGUACAUAUUUAGCACUUGUUGGGGCCAGGGGGAGAUGAAGGAAGAGGCACGGCUCCUCCGAAAGGGGAUCCCCCCUCCUCAUUUAUUAUUCUGCAGUGUACACGAUGGGGGGUUUUGCACAGAAAGGCAAAAUUUUUCCCCCAUGUACCCUGCUCCCAAUUACCGUUGCUUUCAUCUUCCAUCCUCGGCCACUCUUUUGCACUAGACCAUGCCAGCAAUUUGGGGGGUGGGGGUGGGAGCACACUGGCACACAGCGGAGUGGUGGCGAGUGCAAGUGGGGCGCCUCGGUUUCCCUUAGGUUCCCCCUCACCCCUCUGGGGGGGCAAAAGGAGCUGCAGGGGGGCGGGGUGGUGGUCGGUGAGAGGAGAGGAGGUACCCCCUGGAGUAUUAGCUCAGAGUUUAUCUAUAUUUAAGAGAUGAUGUAAUAUAUUCUUAUUUCCCUCUCUCUGCUUCCCCCCUGUUCCAGCCCCCACCUCCUGCUGCAGCAGGAGCGGUGGUAUGGGGAGGGGUGUGUCUCGUCGGGCAAAGAGUGGGGUAGUAUCAGGUCCACAAUGUCUUCCUUGGCUUUUGAAAGUGCCUGUAUGUUUAAACUUGAAUCUUUAGCAACUUGAAAUGCAUAACUGCUUGUGUACACACACACACACACACACACACACACACACACACACACACACACGGUGUUUUUGACCCAGCCUGGGUCCUCGCCUAACUCCCCCCACCCCGUUCCCCAUCUCCUCCCUCUCGCCCCAUUUCUCAGUGAUUCAAUGGGCGUGAGAACCAUCGGAUGACCUUGGUCUUUGGGUCACAUGGCAUAGCCCUCUGCUCUGGACCACGGCUCCCAUCCGUACUGGCAAAAGGGGUGCAGGAAAACGUGCGUUCUUUACCAGAGUCUGCAAUGGGGAUGGAGUGGUGGGGGGGGGGGGCUGUUUCUUUUCCCAGCGUGCUGUUUUUUUCCUGGUGACUGUCCAUUCCAGCUGCUUGACAAUAAAGUGGAAAGCAGGGAAA